AUGCAAAAACUCAAGUUUAACAAUUGCCAAAAACUCAAGUUCAGCAAACACCACAAACUUAAGUUCAACAAACACCUUAAACUGAAGUUCAACAAAUGCCACAAACUCAAGUAUAACAAAUGCCACAACUUCAAGUUCAACAGUUGCCAAAGACUCAAGUUCAGCAAACACCACAAUCUCAAGUUCAACACACAAACUCAAGUUCAACAAACACCAAAACCUCAAGUUCAACAAAUGCCACAAACUCAAGUUCAGCAAUUGCCACAAACUCAAGUUAAACAAAAAAACAAAAACAAACUCAAGUUCAACAAACACCACAAAAUCAAGUUCAACAAUUGCCACAACUUGGACAUCAACAAACACCACAAACUCAAGUUCAACAAACACCUAAAGAUUAAGUUCAACAAAUGCCAAAAUUUCAAGUUCAAAAAACGUGACAAACUCAAGUUCAAUAAUUGCCACAAACUCAAGUUCAAAAAACACCACAAACUCACUUCAACAAAAAAACAGAACUUAAACAAACACCAAAACCUCAAGUUUAACAAAUGCCACAACUUUAAGUUUAACAAACGCAAAAACUCAAGUUCAACAAUUGCCCAAAACUCAAGUUCAGCAAACACCACAAACUUAAGUUCAACAAACACCCUAAACUGA